UCCCCGCAGGCGGUGUCUCUCCCUCUCUCUCUCUUUUCUUUUUUCUCUCUCUCUCUCUCUUCGUCGCUCUCCCUCUCUCGUUCGCUCCCUCUCGCUCACCCGGUGUCCGGGCGGUCGCGCCGGGGACAGCGGGGCAGGGCUGUGUCCCCAUGGCGCUGGCGGCCGCCCGAGCGCGGGCUCUGCGCUCCCUCAGCCUCCCGCGGCCCCCGGGCCGGGUCCCGGUGCCGGCCCGGAGUUGCUGCAGCCCGGCGGGGGCCCCCGGGGCGCUGCCGCCCGGCGAGUACCGGGCCUGGAGGGAGCGGGCGGCCCGAGACCCCGCCGGGUUCUGGGCGGACGCGGCGCGGGGGUGGCUGCGCUGGGACAGUCCCUUCCACACGGCCUGCCAGCCCGGCUCGCCCGCUGGUUCCGCCCGCUGGUUCCUCGGAGGCCGCCUCAACGUCUCGGUAAACUGCUUGGAUCAGCAUGUCGAAAAGUCUCCGAACAGAGUGGCUUUGAUUUGGGAGAGAGAUGAACCUGGCACUGCAGUGCAUGUCACAUACAGGGAACUUCUGGAUCUGACUUGCCGCCUUGCCAACACCCUGAAGAAAUAUGGGAUCCAGAAAGGGGACAGGGUGGCCAUCUAUAUGUCUGUGUCCCCCUUGUCAGUGGCAGCCAUGCUGGCUUGUGCCAGGAUUGGUGCUGUUCACACCGUGGUCUUCGCAGGAUUCAGCGCCGAGUCCUUGGCUGGGAGAAUCAUGGACUCUGGAUGCAAAGCAAUUAUCACAUACAACCAGGGAGUCAGGGGAGGCCGAACCAUAGAGCUGAAGGCAACUGUGGAUGCAGCUGUGAAGAACUGUCCAAGCAUCAGACACGUGUUUGUGGCUCAGAGGACAGAUAACAAAGUCCAGAUGGGUGACCUUGAUAUUCCCCUCGAAGAGGAGAUGACCAAGGCAGAUUCCAUCUGCACUCCAGAGAGCAUGGACAGUGAAGAUGUGCUCUUCAUGCUGUACACCUCAGGCAGCACUGGGAAACCCAAAGGAAUUGUUCACACCCAGGCUGGAUACCUGCUGUACGCUGCUCUCACGCACAAGUAUGUGUUUGACUACCAGCAAGGAGAUGUUUUUGGCUGUGUGGCCGACAUUGGCUGGAUCACAGGACAUAGCUAUGUUGUGUAUGGACCACUCUGCAAUGGAGCCACCUCUGUCCUCUUUGAAAGCACUCCAGUGUACCCUGACCCAGGUCGUUACUGGGAAGUGGUGCAAAGGUUGAGAAUUAAUCAGUUUUAUGGAGCACCUACAGCGAUACGCCUGCUGUUGAAUUAUGGAGAAGAGUGGGUGAAGAAAUAUGACAGAUCUUCCUUGAAGGUUUUGGGUUCAGUGGGAGAGCCCAUCAACAAGGAAGCUUGGCAGUGGUUCUACCAGGUGGUGGGAGAAGGGCGCUGUGCCCUCGUGGACACAUGGUGGCAGACAGAAACUGGUGGCAUCUGCAUUGCCCCACGGCCCUCAGAGGAGAAAGCUGAGAUUGUUCCAGCUAUGGCUAUGAGACCUUUCUUUGGGAUUGUGCCUGUCCUCAUGGAUGAGAAUGGAGAGAUUAUAAAGGGCAAUGAUGUGUCUGGUGCACUCUGCAUUGCCCAGCCAUGGCCUGGCAUGGCAAGAACAAUCCAUGGAGAUCACCAGCGCUUUAUUGAUGCCUAUUUCAAAGCCUACCCAGGUUACUACUUCACAGGGGAUGGUGCUUACAGGAACCAGAAAGGCUAUUACCAGAUAACAGGGCGCAUGGAUGAUAUCAUUAACAUAAGUGGACACAGGCUGGGGACAGCAGAAAUAGAAGAUGCAAUGGCUGAUCACCCUGAGGUCCCUGAGACAGCUGUGGUUGGAUAUCCACAUAAGAUCAAAGGAGAAGGUGCCUUUGCUUUCAUAGUGCUAAAGGAGCAGACACCUCGUGUAGACGAUAUCAAAGAAGAGCUCAAAACCAUAGUGGCUUCGAAGAUAGCAAAGUAUGCUGUGCCUGACCACAUUCUGGUGGUAAAGCGCCUCCCUAAAACUCGAUCAGGGAAGAUCAUGAGGAGGCUCCUGAGGAAAGUAAUCACUGAACAAUCAAGCGACAUGGGAGAUGUCACCACACUUGAUGAUCCAAGUGUUGUCAAAGAGAUACUGGAUGCUUACCAGAAAUACAAGGAGAAGAGUUCCUCAUAACAGGCAGCUCUGGAAUUUCUCUCCUUUGGAAAUGUGGAAGGUCUCCAAAUAACCAGGCAAACAGCAUAGUUCUCUCUUGGUGUUUUUUUUAAAAAAAACCUGUUUACUUCUAGGGGAACAAGAUUUUCCACUCCACAACAUUUUUGAGAUGGCAAGGGCUACGAGCAGUCUGCAGUUUUCCACUUUCAUUGAACUCCUUUUCCUUGUGUUUGGGGCUGUUGUAGAGCAGUUGGUGGUGGUUUCCAUGAGCUAUGCUGAAAUUUAACAUGAGCUGAAGCAAGAUGCAGAUGUUAAUGUUUCUCUUUUUAAUGUUAUUGUACAGAGAAACACUGUUUAUACAAUACUUUUUGCUGUUGUAAAAGAAGCCCUGGAAAAUAUUUCUUCAAUUAUUCCUUCAGCUUGGAUAUCUUGGAGUCCAAGCAUUUCACUGCAACUGUGGUGCCUUUUCAGCAAUUCUGAGUAUUCUAGAUGAUGUUUCAUAUGCACUACUAGGGACAUGAGAAGGACAUGGCUAGUCUGAGAGUUUUUCCUUGACUUCACCCAUUAUUCUGAUAUCUCCUUUGGCUUUCGUCAUAUGGAUUUGUUCUUACCACCAUGUGUCCUGGGACUUCCCAGAGAAGGUCAGGGAGCCUGUGGCCCUUCAUGUCUCACCUAGGUAACCCAACACCAGCACUUACAGCUGCAAAAAGGAGCCACAAAGCCCAUGACUGGACUUCCUACAUGUCCUCAGUGCAUUUCUGCCAAGCUGAUUUACCAAAGAGUUUAGUGCCAUGUGGACACCCACAAACUGCACAGUCCACUAAAAAAGUGCCUCUUAGAUUCCUUGUGAAAAGUGACAGUAGCAUUCAAGACCAGCAACCUCAGAAUAGCAGGGAAGAACAACCUUUGUCUUUCCUAUGCUUUCAGAAAUGCAAUUGAACUUGACAGUGUUUUAUUUCUGGAUUAAUUUUAUAAUGACCACAUUGCAGUUUAAGCACUCCUCAUAUUUGGGCUGUACAAAAGAAUUUGUAUGGCUACUUAUUCCUGAAUUUAAUUGGAGCAACACUGCUUUUUCCAGGGAGACUGUGUACUGCAAAGACAAUUUCUGCACCUAACUGGAGGGAGGAAAGGCAGGAGGGAAAUGGGUAGGUGAUCUGUAGGAGUGGGAAAGGCAUGGGGAGUUUUCUGGCCAGCAGAGAUUCUGGUAACAGAAUGGGAAGCAGGCUGCUUGAAGUAUGAUAUGUUCUCACAAACAGGUGGUGUUGUCUUAGAUCCCAGAGUUCCUCCAAGGAUAUCAGCUGCAUUCACCUCUUAAAAAAUUUUUGCAAAUGUCUCUAGGGACAGAAAAAUAUAGUAAGGAAUACCAUCCUUUGUUAAAUAUCCCAUCCUUCUGGCUGAAAUUUUUACAUAAGGUAAGUAAACACCCUGCGAACUAUCUGGGAAGUUGAAGAUCAAAAGAUUUGAAGGUUUGAUAGAGUUGGUAGGAUGCUAAUGUUUUAGGAGACAGACACUACUUUAUUGCCACUGUAAUAGGGAAAAAAGCCAACCUGCUUCUUUAAGUAAUUUCCAAGUGGGAAGCAGACGAGGGUUAAUGUUUCUGACAGAAAAUGUACACUGACUUGUUUAAACAAAUCGUCUCCAUGCAGUCUGAAAUAACAGUAUGGAGGAAGAAAAAUUUCUUUUGAACAAGAUUGCACACUUUUGUUUUAAUCAAAGAAGAAUUUCUUGUAAGUAAAAUAUAUUUCCUUUUCUUUUUGACCUGAAAUUUUUCAAUGUGUCGUCCCAGUGGUCACAGACCCAUGGUUUAAUUCAUGUGAACUUUCUCACAAACACUGUCUGUGUGAGGAGCAGUGUGCUUUGGUGCAUUGGGACAUUUGUCAUCCAAUUCCUCUGCUCAGGGAAAAUGAGAGAUGGGUAUACUCCCUCACCUGCAUUCCUGUUGUCUCAGCUUGCAUGGACUUGGGGACCGUGGCUGCCAAGGGGGUUGCAGGCUGACCAGAAAGUUGCAGAAGCUCAAUAAAUUCACAUCUGUGCCAGCUGUGGUGUAGACAGGAACUUGUGCAUGCCCCGUGCCUGAAAACGUUGAAGGCCAGGUUAGAUGGGGCUUUAAGCAACCUGGUCUAGGGGAAGGUGUCCCUGCCCAUGGCAGGGGGUUCAACUAGCUGAUCCUUGAGGUCCUUCCCAUACAAAUCUUAUUUCCACAGCUGAGCUAUAGUGUUUGGCAUGUGCAUCUCCUCAGAGGCCCCCUUGGGGUAUUACAAGAGAGCACAAGGUGCUCCAGUGCUGCCCACGUGGUGUUCUGCAGUGGACACAGUUUGUGCUGGGCAGCCUCAGUCUCUCACUAAAACUGCACUUCUGCAAGUGUCCCAGCACUGACUCUUGGAGCUGACAGCCUGUGCCCAGCCCGUGCAAUGGCACCCCGAGUUUGGUAAAAAUACAGCUUGGAAGGGCUUGGAAAGAACACUUCUAAUGAAAAGAAGGAUACUGUGCUUUACUUAAGUAGGCAACUCAUAGAAAUCUUGAAAUUGAAAUUUUAUAUAUUACUUCCAGAGUUUAAAGUUUCUGUCCAGACAAGUCCCCUUUUCUUCAUUCUACCCACUAUCUCUGCUAGCAGCAGCAGCAGUUGCCUCUUCACUGCAAGCUUGAUUUCAGCUUUACAUUUUCACCAACAACAGCACUGGUGUAUGGUUACAGUGCUUUCUACUUAAUAUACAGCAGGUAUAUGGCUCAGGGAGGGAUUCAGACCACAGAAUUGGCACUGAUAUUCUCAGUGCCUGAAAUGCCAGAAAGGAGGAAGUUUCUGAAGUAGCCAGGCCUGCAAGGCUCUUAACACAAGCUGAUCUUCAGCAAUCAGUGGUCAGGUAUCACUUGGAUCGUGGGACAAACUUGGGGGCAAUUUCUUAAUUUAACAAAGCAGAGCUGUUGAAUUCUAAACCUUUGUGUGUUCAUAAGGGAUGUAUGGUUGUUUGACAAAUUACCAUUGUAACUUACAUUAAAAGACAUCCAAAGUCAA